ACCACACAUACCACUCUACCUUAUCCCGUCCUCAGUUUCUCCUUUCCUCUCCCGUGUCUCUCUAGUUGCUGCCUUCUUUUGGGAGAAGGGAAAAACCAUGAUUGAUUCCAUGGAGAUGGAGGAUGUUGCAGGGGUGGUCUUCUAGGUUGCAGAUAUGUUAUGGGAAAGUUCACACAAUGGAUACAGCAGAAAGUAGUCUGAAUGCUAAGGGCAAGGGAGGUGAGAAAGCUGUGGGAUCAAAUCCAAGGGCAAAAGCUACAAACUGGCCUACAGCUAUAUCUGAAUUUCUCCUUGAUUGGUACAUUGAGAAGAAGUUGGCGAUGCCUCCCAACACUAGUUUCAAGAAGCUACAUCACACAUCAUGCACAUCUACAGUAAACUCCAAGUAUGGCACUACCUAUACUGUGGAUCAAGUUCAUCAUCAUUGGAAGCGUCAUAAGGAUACUUGGGGCCUUGUGACUAAGCAUCUCCAUGAGAGUAGUGGUGGCUCGGACGAUAGCACAAAAAUGGUGACUCUAUCUCAGUCUACUUUGAAUGACCUCUCGGCAAAUGAUCGUGGGAUUCUCUCUAAACCAUUUAGUUCUUUGACAAGUUGCAAGAAUUAUUCAGUGGUUCCACAGCUGAUGGUUCAUUUAUGCAAGAUCCUUCCACUGUAGUUGAGCCAGACAAAGAUGGAACUGACAUACUUGACAUGAUAAAUGAUAUAGCUAACUAUGAUAAAACAGAUGCUCCACAAGGACAAGACUCAGACAAACUAGAGUCUGAUAGUGAUGAAUGUCAGGAGGUGGUUGCCCUCGCCGCAACUAGUAGCCAAGUUUCUUCAUCUAGUGUCAAGUCCAUGAUGCCUAACAAGAAGAGCUUUAAAAGGGCUGGCAAGUCAAAUACAUUACCAACUGCAGCACAGAUUGGUAGGGCUAGUAAAUCUAAUUCAAAAUCAUCUCCUACUUGUGCUGAUGAUGAUAUGGAUGUGGAGCUAACCAAUACUUUGCAGAAAAUCUAGCAAACCCUUGCAAAACCAGACCCUAAUAGUCCUUUAUGGGAUAUGCUUAAGAAGAUUACAUUACCAGCGGAAAAUAGGCUCGCAAUAGGGAUACACCUUUGCAAGCCAAAAUUUCAAGUCCAUCGCAGUUUUCUUAUCAAUAUGAGUCAAGAAUACCUUGAGUGUUGGGUGUUCAAGUAUUUAUCUGGCGGUGAUUCUGGCAAAGAGUGAUCUUGUCAAGGAAUGUAGGUGGCAUAAGCUUCUGACUGUGGUUGAUGGGGUCGGUUUUUGUUGCACCCUUUUGGGAUCAGUAUGUACAAUAUGACAACAUGCUAAUCAUAUGCUGCCAAAGUUGAUAGUCAGAGAACUUCCUGUCUUUAUGGACAAAUUGUUAAGGCUCUUUGGACAGCCUAUGUUCUGUGCUUUUGUAUAUAGUUGAAUUAUCAACUAAUCUUAAGUUGUAAUAUUUGUUAGCCUAUAAUUUCGAAACUUAUUUCUUGUUACUAUUUGAAUCUCUGUUGCUUUUGUUGUUUGUCACACUUGAGGAAUGCAUAGAACUGUAUUUGGCUACAAAUUUUUAUAAGGGGUAAUCUCACCACACCUCAAACCAUUGGUAAGUCCAACCACAUGCAAUUGAUGAGCCAAACAUAGCCUAGCUGUUGUAUCCCAUUAGGCAGAAUUCCAGGUCUUCAACUAAAAAUUGCCAGAUUUUACGAUAUGCCUGGUCAGGUAACCUUGCAAGAAAUAGCAAGCAACAUUCAGGCAGGUCAAAUCCCCAGGCAAAGAGUCCAAGGUUGUAACCAAACACGUCCUACCUGCCUGGGCCACUCACCCACACGUUGUAGUACUUU